AUGAAGACGGCAGUCUUCUUUAUUCUCCUUAUCCAUGCCGUGUUGCCGGUUAAGAUCAUUCUGAAUGGCCUGGCCCCACCUGAGAUUGUCCAUUCUCCGAUCUCUACGAAACGUAAGCACCAAUUCCAUCAUUACUAGGAUCACGCUGGUUCUUAUUUUUUAGCCAGAUGCAAAGUGAGUGCUCCUCCUUUGGAUCUUCUUUUUAUCCUCGACUCCUCUGGGUCUCUGCGAAACCAAUUCCAAGAUGAGAUCAACGUGAUUCGGAGGAUCGUUAAACAUGUUACGAUUGGUGAGGCGGCGACCCGGGUUAUGCUAGUGCAAUUCAGUGGGGUUCAACAUCUUGAGUUCGACUUCAACUCUUUCAAAGACCGAGAAGAUCUCCUUGUCGCAUUAGAUGUCCUUAGACAUGUCUCCGGGAUUACUCGAGUUGGAGGUGCUUUUGAAUUCGCGUUGUCCGUAAUGAAGCCAGAACAUGUAAGUGAGCAAAAAAUAAGUAAAUACUGUUUAGGGCAUGAGAGAUGCAAGUGUCCGGAAGGUCGUUUUCCUCCUUUCUGAUGGCCGAACUCAUGAUUUCCCUAAAGAUUCAAUUGCUGCAGAUCAAUUAAGAAACCAGAUUCCUAACGUCUCCAUUUGGGCGUAUGGAACAGGAGAAUAUGUGGCCAUGAACGAACUGAUAAACAUUACAAAAGUGAGUAACAAUUGUCUCUAAUUUUAAAAAACUUCAGGAUGAGAGUAAGAUUAUUACAAACAAAAAUCUCUCUCUAAUCGAACCUUUAUUCGAUUUUUGGCAUGGCGUGGAAGUUUGUGAAAAGAUUCCGGGUAUGUAAGAGCAACAGAAAAAUAAUUAAACUUACAGAAUGUGUGAAAGGAUCGGACAAACCGUUGGAUCUGAUGGUUAUAAUAGACUCUUCGGACUCAAUUGAAUCAGUAUUCCGAAACCAAGUCAAUUUUGUGAUCGAAAGGGUGGUGCAGAACAUAAACGUGCAUCCAGAAGCCGUUCGGUACGGGUUUUAUUUUAUAUUUUUUUCAAAUUAUUUUUGCCAUUUUUUUGGCAUUCUGUGUUACCGCAAAUUUAUUUAUUCAAAAAAAUAUUGAUUUUCCAGAUUGGCAUUGCUCACUUACUCUGGACGAGUUUUCACUCAUUUCCUCUUCAAUGAUCUCAAAUACAGAGAUAAUGAAUCUGUUAUACGAUAUCUGUCCGAGUUACAACCCAUCAAAGGAACUACUUCUACACACGCAGCCCUCGAGCAGGCAUUGGACAUUUUCACAGCCAAGAGUCAAGGUACUAAGCUUGAAAUUAACGAAGUAGUUGUAUUAAAUUUUAGAUAUUCGACCUGGAGUCCCCAAAUUAGCGAUUGUAAUAACCGAUGGUCGAUCUUCCCGAUCCCCAAGAUUAAUCUCCGCCAGGCUGAGAGCCGAAGGAGUCAAUAUUAUUGCCGUUUCGAUGCACCAACCAACCUUAGUGGACAGUCGAGAACUCGAGAACAUUGCCGGCACUCAAGAUCUGGUGUUUACUCCGAAUAACUUACAUGAAUUCGAAGCCACCUUCCUACAUUUUGUUGGAUUCGGAUGCCCAAAUCUGGAUUUGGGACCUGAUGCAAGUAGGUGCAUUUAAACUACUCUUUUUAUCAGUCACAUAAUAUAAUUUGUGUUCAGAACCGAGAGUUCGUGGAGCCACCGAUGUUGUUUGUGGAGCCAACUUCUUAAAGUUUACGGUCAGAACUCAACGACCAAUGAAUGGAUUGAUGUACGCCCAGGGAUUUCAUGAUAAACAGGACUGUUUGCUGAUCGCGGAUGGUAAGAACAGAGAGUUGUCGAUAACGCUGAGAGAAGGGACGUGCGGUCUCACAAAGACGGUAGCACCUGUAAGUACUAUUACACCCUCAUAUUUUUUAUAUUACUUUAGACCAGAGAUGGCUACUGGUUUAAUGCGACGGUAAUUCUGCAAUUCCAUCCUUUGAUUGUGACCAGAUCUGAUCAAGGGUUGGAUGUCAGUUGUUUCCAUGCUCAGCCAGUUCUGGCCAAAGAAUUUGAACAAUCAGUGGAGAAAUCAUUAAAAGAUGUUCAAUGUACUUAUAGAUUACAUCGAUUUGGAUUGAACGAUUGCUCGGCGUUGGACGCUAAGGUUGGAGAGACCUUGUUCCAUAAAUGGGAGUGUGAUAAUUGUAGGAAAUCUUGUUUUGGUGAUCCUUCUUUCAGCGCCCAGGUAUCAAUUCCUUGUUCACGAUUGCAUUGCCCGUUCUGAGAGGCAUACAGUAUCAAUUGUGGACUCUGAUGGGUAAGAUUAUAAUAUAAUUUUUAAUGAUCUUCUAGUUGUGAGGUUGAUCCCCAUUUCCUGGAGACCCCCAAUUAUUCCAAAUUCAACUCCAAUUCCUCAUUACCAGUCGUAUUUCAAGAGAUGAGUGCCUUCAAGUUCCCUGGUGAUGAUAAUAUUCUCUUCCAAUGCCUGGUUUCCUUCUGUGAUAUGUCAUCGGAAGCUCCUUGCAUCAAAUCCAUAGUAGGUUGAAUGUUCGGUCUCUGUGACGUUGUUGUUGUGCAACUAAAAGAACAUUACUUUAGCCUCCAAAAUGUCGUGACAUGUCCUCUUUGGACACCUCAUUAGCGACGGGAUUACGAAGAAUGAAGAGACAAACAGUCUCUCAGAAACCGGGCUUUGCGUUGACCGUUCGGGUCGAGACUCGGACCUUAAAUGUGAUAGAAAACGAGGCCAUGAGACCCAUCCAAGCCGUGAAGUACUGUGAUAUCCGGCCUUAG